AUGUCUACCAGAAGAGGCGUCGGCCUGGGUGCGUUCACCAACCGAAAUGUCACUGCUCAGUCGUACGCAGCUCAUGGGUCUAACCUGAAGUCGGCAAAUGCUGCUUCGCUGCAGACUCAGCUGGAAGUCUUUCAGUCGCUUCUACAUAACUUUGCCCUCGAACAUGCCACAACUAUCAAGUCAAAUCCGACUUUCCGAGCCGAGUUUGCAAGAAUGUGUAACGCCAUCGGCGUGGAUCCGCUGGCGGGAAGUAACAUCAAAGGCAAGAAAGCGGAUUCCCUAUGGGCAAAGGUGCUUGGCCACGAUGUCAACGACUUCUACUUCUCGGUUGCUGUGCGUGUCGUAGAGCUGUGCCAAUCUACACGAGCCGAGAAUGGCGGGCUCCUGGGCCUGAAAGAAUGCUGCGAAAGUGUCGCAAAGGGCAGGGCUAUUGGUGGCGGGCUCCAAGUUUCCGAGGACGAUAUCGAGCAAGCUGUUAAGUCUCUCGAGCCUUUGGGCUCCGGGUUCCAGAUCCUCACGAUUGCGGGCAAGCGCUUCGUUCGCUCUGUGCCGAAGGAAUUCAACAAUGACCAAUCUACUGUUCUCGAAGUUUUACAGCUUCUCGGUAGCGUGACCGUGUCACUUCUAACACUGAAUCUGGGCUGGGAACGAGCACGUGCGGAAACAGUCAUACAAGAUCUGCUGGCCGACUCUUUGGUAUGGGUCGACUCCCAGUGUCGCGAACCCGAGUACUGGUCACCUCAAGGCCUGAUCGACGAAAACGAAUAA